AUGGAGCGCGCGUCCCCACCAGGCAGCCCACCGUCCUCCGACGUCAACGACGAGGAGGAGUCGACGGACGUGUCGACGGACGUAGACGAGGGCGAUGACGACGAGUUGGAGCAGUUCAAUCCGCCGCGAUCGUUCGACGAGGGUUACUACAGAAUGGUUAACAAGCUAAACCUCGACGAGGGCACGGCGGAGCUCGUGUGGCUGGCCCAGAACAAACCGGAUCGCAGCCACGUCAACCUCAUGGACGACCCCGUGCUCAGCGUCGUCAUCGACAGCCAGAAAACCCAGAUGGCGCUCGAACUCAUCAAGCGGCUUCCCGCCGACAAGCUCGAGGCUAAAAACUGCAACGGCGACACAGCGCUGCAUGUGGCCGCCACCAUAGGCGACGCGAAGGUGGCGAAAGCAUUGCUGAACAAAUCCGACGAUCUAGCGGACAUAAGAAACAGCAAGGGGGAGACGCCGCUGCACAAGGCGGCGCUCUACGGGCAGCAGGAGGUGUUCCAGCUU